GAGUUUGUGUCCGAGGUUCACUUCACUCUGACUGAGUCACACGUUCAUCACUGAGGUUCAAUCACACGUUCAUCACUGAGGUUCAGUCACACGUUCAUCACUGAGGUUCAAUCACACGUUCAUCACUGAGCUUCUUAAAUGAGAAUAUUUUCUAGUUUUUUAGUGUGUGGACAAAACGAGACGUCACAACUUCAUCAUUUCCAGUUCCAGGAUGGAUAACAAUUCUUACUUGGUGAAAAUGAACGGGAACGGCGUCUGCGGCAAAUCCACGCUCAACGGUAAAAGCCUGAGCGGGAAUGCGGUGAACGGCAACGGCCUCGGCCACGUCACCACGAACGGCAGCUCGUAUCCCGCCAAAGUGGCAAAGAGCCGCAGGCUGAAGUGGGAGGUGAAGCCGUCGGAGAUGGCCAACAACACGCUCAACCCCAUCAGGUCCAUCGUGGACGAGAUGAAACUCACGCCGAACCCCGACAAACCCAUGAUCGCACUUUCUAUAGGAGACCCCACUGUGUUUGGAAACCUGCCCACAGACGACUCGGUGCUUCAGGCCAUGAAAGACGCCAUCGACUCCCACAAAUACAACGGCUAUGCUCCCUCUGUUGGUUACGUGAAGAGCAGAGAGGCAGUGGCAAACUUUUACAGCUGCCCCGAGGCUCCACUGGAGGCAGAGGAUGUGAUUCUGACCAGCGGCUGCAGUCAUGCCAUUGACCUGGCUAUCAGUGUCCUCUGUAACCCAGGCGACAACAUCCUGGUCCCGCGUCCAGGCUUCUCCUUAUACAAGACCCUGGCCGUCUCCAUGGGCAUCAAGGUCAAGUUCUACGACCUGCUGCCGGAGAAGGAGUGGGAGGUGGACCUGCAGCACAUGGAGAGUCUGAUCGACGAGAGCACUUCCUGUCUGAUCGUCACCAACCCGUCCAACCCGUGUGGCUCCGUCUUCAGCAAAGACCACCUGCAGAAGAUCAUCAAAGUUGCCUCCAGACACUGUGUUCCUAUCCUGGCGGACGAAAUCUACAGCGACAUGGUCUUGCCGGGCUGCAGCUCUCCUUCCAUGGCGUCUCUCAGCAGCGACGUUCCCAUCAUGUCCUGCGGUGGUUUGGCUAAACGCUGGCUGGUCCCGGGUUGGAGAAUGGGAUGGGUGCUAAUCCAUGACCGGGAUAAUGUGUUUGGAUCUGCGAUUCGUCAGGGUUUGGUGAAACUGAGCCAACGCAUUCUGGGAGCCUGCAGCCUGGUGCAGGGGGCGCUAGAGGGCAUCCUCAAUAACACACCACAGAGCUUCUACAACAACACUAUCAGUUUACUGAAGACUAACUCAGAGAUCUGUUUUAAUGAACUCUCCUCUGUCCCUGGACUGAACCCCGUCAGGACCUCAGGAGCCAUGUACCUUAUGGUCGGGAUCGACUUGGAUCAUUUUCCAGGUUUUAAGAAUGACGUGGACUUCACUGAGCGCAUGGUCACCGAGCAGUCUGUCUUCUGUUUACCAACCUCAGCCUUUGAGUUUCCUAACUUCUUCCGUGUGGUGCUGACGGUGCCGGAGCAGAUGAUGGUUGAGGCCUGUGUUCGGAUCAGACAGUUCUGUCUGUGUCACUAUCAGCAUCACAGUCGCCACGGCAACCACCUGGACCAGUGAGGGACACGGACACACACACACACACACACGAGACAAAAGCACCUGGACUCUCACAGAAGGUAUCACACUUCAGAACCCGACCAGGGUCAGAACUUUCUGCGAUGUGGUCUCCAGAGUCCACUCAUAUAGACGUGUUAAAGGGUUAGUUAGAGUUUUUAAAGUGUGCUUUUAUGUGUGACUUUUCUCUAUGGACUUUGGUGAGAGCCAAAGUCACCAGGAAAACAGCUGAUUUUAGACACUUAACAAAAGAUUCACCCAGUGAAAUCGACAAAGUCUACGUCACACGUUCACGUCUUUAACUCACUGUGAGACAGACGUUUGUAAACCACUCACUCUCCCACACCAAACCUCAUAGAGAAAAUCAGUGAUUUUCAAAUCCCAGCACACAGGAGUUGUUGAUCCACUGCUGCCUCCAUCACUAAGUUCAAAUGUCUAAUUUUAGUGAAUUCGGCUUUUAAAUUCCUUUGUUCAGAUUAACAUCAGUGACACAAAGUGACCACACGAGGCAGCAGAGGACCAGCAGCUCCUGGGUCCCCGCCAGCUAAAAUCACUGAUUUUCUCUAUGGGCUUUGGUGUGAGAGAGUGAGUGGUUUACAAACUUCAGUUUGCUGUUGGAACAUUGUCGUCUUUCAUUAAAUGGCUAAAUCACACCACCACACUUUAAUUGUUCAGACGACAGAUCAAGAAAUACUCACCAAAUAAAAUAAAAUAAUAAUCACCAAAAUAAAAUAUAAUAAAAAAUAAGACACAAAUAAAUACAAAAUUAAACUAAUUAGCAAAAAAUAUAAUAAAAGGAAAUUGAGGCAUUGAAAAUAAAAGAUUGAAUGUGUACACCAAACCACAAUUAGAUGAUUGAUUUGCUGUCCCCCGCAUUCACUUACUGUAAUAGGGGUCCUCGUCUCCAUUGAAUUGCUUGAUUUGCUAAAAUGAUUCUAGAUAAAUAAUCAAUAGAUCUGUCAUAUGAUUAUUUCCUAUAGAAUGAUAACCAACAUUGCAUUUCUUCAUGUAAUAAUCUACCAUCAAUUGUAUGAUAAAUGUGAUGAGUCAUGUAAAAUACUUUGAUUAAAUGUAGCCUAUUAUUAUCAAAAAUGUAGGCAAGGCUACUUUAUAUAGCACAUUUUAGCACAAGGUGAUUCAAAAGUGCUUUACAUAAAAUAAAAUGAAAAUACAACAAUUCAACAUAUAGCAUCUGGGACAAAAUACAGAAGUAGCACAAAUACAGCAUGUAAAAAUGACAGGCUUAAAUGAAAAGGAUAUCAAUUCUAUACAAUUGACCAUGCAGGAAAUAAAUGAAAGCUAUCCCAUCGAUUUGCAUAACAUUCAGUUGAUAAAUGUGAUGAAUAUCACUUUCUAACAUUACUACUAGGGCUGCCAAAUGAUCAAAUAUGGAGAAUUUCACAUACAUUGCAGUGAAACAAUAAUGCUAUUUUAAUUAUGUUCAUAUGAAUGUUACUUAUUAGGGUUGUCUUUUCCUUUUCAUUUUAGGGCUUUGGUUGCAUCAAUAGGUCCACAUAAUUGAUUAGUUUAAAACAAAAACCAUCAAGAAAUCAAUUGGUAGAUUAUUGUCUCCAUAUAUUUUGUCCCUUUGAUGGAGGAUUUAUAUAACAUGAUGAUGCUGAAAUACUUCAUUUUCUUUGUCACUUACACAUUCAGCCUGUCGGCAAUAUUCUGCCUCGCCACAUCCCUCGCUUUAUUGAUUGCUGUGGUAUUGCCCUUCUUUGGGAUUAUGUGGCUGUAAUCCUCAUAUACCUCCAUGAGGAGCUCUCGAGCCCAUUCGCGCUCGACUAGAAUGGGCUUUUUAUUUUCCCUGUGGGCGUGCACAAGUUGAGGCUUAACAGGUGAGGCUUGACUAAGCGUCAGGUGGAGCCAGCUGAUUUCACUUGAUGGAACGACUUGGAGCUAGAUUGGGAGGUGGAGCUUAGUCAAGCUUCAAGCUUACGCCUAAGUCUGGCAAUUCUUAGCUACGUUGAUGGAAAACCCCCCAGGAAUCGACUGGUGGGAAUUGUUUUUGUCGUCGUUGCCGUGGCGACGGGAGGCCCCCGCUGCUCAUGCUGUAAGUUUUGUGAUGUAAACCAUUUGAACAGACUGAAUAUUUAUAUUUUAUAUUAACGACUUGUAUUAACCCUUGUGGUGUUUGUGUAUUUAUAUAAUUUGUAAUGUAACACCUCUGAUAUGAGCACACACACACACACACACUUUCAAUAAUGACAAACAUAUCAAUGAUUUUUUUCUGACUGUAACUUUAUCCUUACAAUUCUUUGUAUGUUGAAUAAAUACCUAAUAAACCAACAUAAACAUGUC